CAUUCAAAUGAAGUUAUCAAAGGAAAAGGGAAGCGUAAACAAUAAAAAUGGAAACUAAUGUAGAUUUUAGCAAAAUUUCCUCCAAGUUGUACAGAAAAUACGCACAACAUGUAAGGAACCUAAAGGACGUGUGCGUGUCCAAGACGGUGAUGAAACCGGGGGCCUUCUUCGACAGCCUGCAGCAGAUGAUGGAUGAGGAGGCGGCCGCCACUACGCCCCCGAGGGAUCUGACCUCGGUAGCCGACUAUGCGGAGCUCUUUAAGACCUUGGAUGAGUACCCGGCCAACCUGCAGAAGAUGCCCAAGAAGAAGGAGCUACAACGCACCAACUCGACGCUUCUGCGAGGAGCAGACGAGUCGGUGGCCAUGGGCAUCAACACCUCGAACGUUUCUCUCAGUCUAACGCGUCUAGAGGAGCAGCGCAGUGCCGUAGACGUGUACAAUGACUUUAAGGGGUUCCAGCGGAAGCUGGCCAAGAUCUACGACGAGGCAGCAGCACUGGACACCACAGAAUCCAUUUACAAGCAGAAGCUGAUACAGCUCCAUGGGUUCGCGCAGCAGCUGGAAAAGCUCAUGCCAACUGGCGGAGAGUCUCCGCAGGAUGCUUUUACACUUGAGCAUCAGGAGAAGCUUGUGGCCAUCGCCGCCAGCAUGGAGCAGCUCAACUACAUGCGCUCCAACAGCCUCCACCUGCCGGAUCCCAAUGAGAUACUGGCCAGCGGGAGUCUGGCCGCCCGCCUGGAGAUGUUCGUAGAGGUGCUUACCUACACCCUCCUCCAAGUCAGCAGCUACAACAUGGCGCUGAUUUGAUGAUCUCGCAUAAAGAACUUUACAUACAAAUCAAAUUUUAUUUAUUUUAAAUGUUAAAAGGUAUGAUAAUAAAUGCUUUUAAAGGAUGAGCUAGGGGGAAUCCUCGCUGGCAUACUGCUCCUCCUGUGAACU